UUCGCUUUCCCUUUCUUUAGGGAGAAUCAAGUUUAGUGAAAUUGUGUGUGGUCUAUAGAUGAGUUUUGGGCCGUAACUUUAAGCAUGAUUGGGGAUGUACUUAAGGAAAUCUUGUCGAGCUGAGUCUUGGUGAAAAACUCCAUUGAUCUUGUAAGUUUAAUCAAUAACCAGUGCACGAUAUUCGGGUUGAAAGACGACAGUGAAAAUAACGUCACACUUCUCUCUCUUGAAGUAGUCUGCAUGUUAUUUUCAAAACAGUGAAAACGAGGAAGGGCGGCUCUUCCCAGAGUUCGACAGUCGUUAAUCAAAGGCUGCUCGGAUGGUUGUGAUCGAAUUCGACCUGCCCCGAUCCGUCUCCCUUUCCGCGCUGGACGAAAACAAUGUGACCCUUAAAGAUACCCCCGAAAAUGGGGGCCAGGAAUCCAACAAGAUGGUUCCAAGAGCUACACUUAUAUGCCGACCAAAUUCACACCCUUUCCAGGAGAGAAAUCUCAGCUUGGAAAGUGCCAUGAAAGUUGGACGGUCAGUGGCCAGAGUAAAACCUGCUGUCAACAAUGCCAUAUUCGAUUGUAAAGUAUUAUCUAGGAACCACGCUCUGUUGUGGUACAAAGAUGGAAAGUUUUAUUUACAAGACACCAAAAGCAGUAAUGGAACAUUUGUGAACAAUCAGAGAUUAAGUAAAGGAUCUGAAGAAUCAGCACCACGAGAAGUGUGCUCUGGUGAUAUAGUUCAGUUUGGAGUGGAUGUAAUGGAAAAUUCAAGAAAAGUUACUCAUGGAUGUAUUGUAGCCACUGUGAAGCUGUAUUUACCUGAUGGCAAAGAAGCCAAAGCCAGUCCCUCAACAGGGAUUCAAGAGGAAGAAGACAAUUGCGAACUUGGAAAACAAGAUCUCUACCAGCUAAAUCAAUGGAUUCAGGAAGCAGUUAUUCGAGAACAAGUAUUAGAAACGAAACUAGGCUCCUUGCAGCGUAUUGUGAGUGCUACUCGCGAAGCAGCUGAAAUGGGCUGGACAGCGUUAAUGGAGGAAGAUAGAUUAUUAACCCGAAUAGAAUCCCUCGAAAAUCAACUUAUCGUAUCUUCCAAAAACUUUCACGAGGAUAAACUACGUGAGGAAAUCCGUAAAUUAUAUGACGAGAAAAACAUUUACCAAGAUGUUUCUAAAGAAUCUUUGCGGAAAGUGCUCACUGAAAAGAUGGAAACUCUUAAAAAGUUACAGGAAACCGAACGAUCGUUGAGCAACGCAGAAGAUGAACGCGACAACAUGAAAGAAUUGAACGACAAGCUGAAUGAACAAAUACUGGAAUUGGCUGAAAAAUUUGAGAAAGAGUCGGAAGAGUUACAGGCGUGCAAGAGGAAGUUGCAAGAGGCAGACAAUCAGCAGAUUCGCCUUGAGCAAGAGAUGCAAUCACGGCAAGACGCACUACGUGAAGCCCAAGAAAAAGAAACAAUUCUUUUAGCUCAGGUGGAGAGCAGGCAAGCGGAAAUCGAUUUCACCAAAGAGCAGCUCGCCAAUCUAAGACUACGCCUUGAUUCAAUGAAAGUAACAGAAGAACUGAAGAAAGAUGAAAAUGAAAUCGGCGGAGAUGAAGUUGAAGAUAAAAGUAACAAUGUCAAAGAAAAUCAAACGGAAACGUUAAGACAUCGUGUUGCCCAACUUGAGUCACAACUAAAAACAUCAUACGCAAAAAAUCUCAAUGGAGAAUUUGUCCCAGAUCCUAUUGGAUACAAGUCAAAAGAAGUUGAUCGUCUACAAGGUCCGUGCACGUGGGAUUGUUAUCUUUACCGCAAUCAGUUGGCAUGUUGUAGUUUAAUUUUACAAGAGCUUUUGGAAGAAACGCGCGCCAAGUGCCGAGUACUUGAGUCAGAAGUUGAGAGACGGCAGCUGGAAGCACAAGAUGGCUGGUCCGCUGCUGCUCACCUACAACAAUACUUUAGAAAUCUGCACAAUAUCCUUAAAGGUUCGUCCGAGCAAGAUGAGGAAUUCACCGAUGAACCGUCUGCGCUGGCAGAGCUUGUUCGUACCAGCAUCGUUUCGCUAAACAAUGAGUAUCAAGAGCUUCGAGAAGCGAAUGCGAAAAACAAGGACCUCAUUUCGCUAUUAACACUGCGGCUGAGCAAUUACGAGAAGGAAGAGAAGCGUGCACAACACACUGCUAACCAGAAGGGUCUGACGUCCGAGAUGGAAUAUCUUAGGGAUGAAGUCGCUAUCCUCACCAUCCAAUUAAAAGAGAUGGAAGUGUCGAGGAUAGAACAAAUCGAGGAACGCCAGAAAUGGCAGAGGGCCUAUCAAUCGCUUGCGCUCAGCGUCGAGAAUCGAGACAGUGGUGUAGCCAGCGGAUUUAGCAGUCCAGUCAAUAAUCCCCCUAGUUCCCGUGAUCCUGAAAUGAGAGAUUCAGGCAUUCGGGAACUGAAUUCGGCUGACGAUCUUGUUACCGACGAAUCCAUAACCACUCAGCAGUUGUCUGAGGUACAGAGGGAACUUGAAACAUUGAAGCGCCACUACGAAAAUGUACAAAGCGAGAAGAAGGAGCUGGAAGAAGAAUUUUCCCAGUUAAAGGACAAUUACUCGUUGCUCUCUUCUCAGUCAAAAACGGUUGGCCGCUGGAUGUAUGUAGUCCCAUUGGCCGUUCUUGUCUUGGCGGUCCUCAUAGCUUUUAGGCCAUCGGAUUGAAAUUAAGAUUUAAAAGUUCAGAGAAAGGGGAAACACCGAUUCUCUUUCUUUUGUCUUCCUUUAGAAAACAAAACGUGUGUGCCUUUUCAGACAUUAUUUUUGUUUUUUUGGUCCGCUCUUUCCGUCGACUCUUUUUUUUUUUUAAGGAAACGAACAAAGUGAGAAUGAGGAGAAAAAAAAUCGGGAAAAACAAAGCAAAUAAGAAGCUAUUUGAACUCUUCAAUAGAUUCGACUUUAAUUUGAAUUUUCCUUUUUCCUCUCUCGCUUGGCUUCCGUUUUCAUUUUUUUUUCUGCGGUAUUUGUUACCUUCUUAUUAUUGGCUUUCUUUUCUCUUGUCUGUCGACUUGUGUUUAUGUGCCUUUCAAAAUUUAUUUUAGAGAUGAAUUUAUUGUUUUGUUAGUUCGAUGUUCGUGGCCAAAAAGAAAAACAACGCAAAAAAAACCAUUCAGAAACAUUUUUUAUCACUUUUUGUUGCUUCGAUUCACGUUAUCCUUUAAACUUUCAUUUUGCCGUUUCGACUAACACCGCAUUGACGUAAGAAAUUGAUGCCAUUGGCGGAUACAUAGAAAACAAAAAAGCUGAUUCAUUGGUUAUUAUUCUUUUUUCUGUCUAUGUUCCUCUCUUUUCGUCGUGUGCCUCGUUUUUUUUUUUUGUGGGUGUAUCCGCGCGUUUCUUAUAGGCGACGGCGUUAUGUCUGAUGCCCCUGCUCGUAUUGUUCGUCUCGUUCUUCCUGGCCUUCUACCGCUUCUUCUCGCGGCUGACGGCCACCUUCGAGCCAUGAGAGAUUAGCCGGACAACAGGAAGAAUGAGUCAAUAACACAGCAAAACACCAUCAAUUGUUAUUUCCUGUCCUUAUAUUGUCGUUGAAAGCUCUUUUUUUUCCACUUUAUUCAUCCUACGCAAAUGGCGGAAUAAGCAGACAAUGUGCUUUUCGUUUCUUUCUCUCUAUUGGAACAUUUUGCUAGCAGCAGCAGCUUUUUACUUUUACCAAGUGCCAUCAAAUGACAAAGAGUGAUGUCAUAACUAGUGUUUUCGCGUCAGCGCUACAGAAAAUGGCUUAGUCUCCUUUCUGUGUAACACGUACAACGUCGGUGGGGGGGAGGGUGGGGACGUAGAGAGUCCUUCACCUGAACCUAACAGGACCUGUGCAGAGUUAUUUUUUCUUUUCCUUUAGCUAUGUCUCUUAUCUAUGGUUUCCCACUGUCACACAAAAAUACGCACCCCUCCGAAGAAUGUUGUUCCUCUUGUGUUUUCUUUUUUGAAUUGCAUAGUUUUACGGCAUAGUUGGGAGUGCAAUACUAGCCUCCCGAAUGAAAUUUUCCCUUUUUCUUUCUUGCGUUCUACCUCUUGUCUAUCCACGAGCUCAUUAUCGCCGAUAUCUUUCUCUUAUACGUGUGACAAACAGUAUAAAUUUCGUCAACGACAUUCAUUUCAGCUUCGCGCGUAUUCGAUUUGAUAAAAAAAGAAAAGAGAAGAGGGAUCGUAUACAUUAUUGAUUGAUGGGUCACUGAUUUAUUCUGUGCUACUCCCAUUCGCCUUCUUCAGGGCUUUGGCAACGUGGAGACGGAACCAUGAAAAUUCCGCUACACUGAUGCUGGCCCUGGAGCAGGAGUUGAUUUUAAUUUUUCCCCUCCAAACUGAUAACAAACAAACAUGUUCUUUGUUUUGUAGUCUAGUCUUCAACGGAUAUUGUACACACCCCCAUCACUUCUUUCUUUACCCCAACCUGUCUCGAUGCCCUGUGUCUUGUUAUUUAACUCGCCCUUUAAACCAGAAAAAAAAAUUUAGAGAAAGAGCAAAACAAAAACAAAACAAAACUAACAAGACAAUACAAUACUUUGUUUUUU